UUUACAACUUCUUUGUGACUUUGGACGCAUCCUUUUCUAUCCCUGCAAUGUUGAGAAUCUGACAGAGGCACCUUGGACGGCGAGAAACCCAGCUACAGCUGAAUUUUCAAGUGUUGCUUAGUGAUGAUUCGCUCCAGUGCUGUGAUGUCGCUGAGUAUUCUGGCUUUCUGCCUGCUGGCUUGUAUUCACUCUGGCAUAAAUGCAUAUCCGGCCAAGCCUGCCAGUCCCCGGGAAGGCGCACCACCUGAGGAGCUCGCCAAAUAUUACUCUGCUCUAAGACACUACAUCAAUCUAAUUACAAGACAAAGGUAUGGGAAAAGAGACACCCCAGAUACUUUGUUUUCAGAUGUGCUGGUGAGCGAGAGCAGAGAGAGUUUUCCAGGAUCAAACUAUGUCAGGUAUGAUGGGCUGCCACUGUGGUGAUGCUGCUGCGGCUGUCAUAUCCAGGCUGACUUCACCACAAAGCUGCUGCCAAGCCUGUUAAUGACAUGAAAUGAACUUGUACUGCAUGGAAUAAACAUUGUGUAAUGCAACUACUAUGGUCUAUAAUGUUGCCACUGCUACUCUGAAACAUGCUAUUGACAUGUUGACCCAUUGUUUCACUCGGGCUCAUGUAGCUUGACAGAUACCGAGUGGAGCCCUGCCUGUAUACAGUGUGUGUCAUUCUCUAAUGGAGUAACAGUGCUCUCUACUGGUAAACGGGCAUC